CGCUAGGUGGGGAAUAUAUCGUAAUAUUGAAUAAUAUUGAAUAAACAAAUCAAGAGAAUCAGUUAGUGUUUAGUUUUCCUGUGAUAAAGUCAACUGCCUAUAAAUUUAAGAUGAGAAAUAUCCAGAAUUUCUUCCGCGUUCUUCUCGUUCUACAUUGUUAUUUAGUCAUACUAGUUGAGCCUUCCUAUAACAAUGAAUUGGUGCCAGAAGGUUACCAAACCAACUAUGGAAACCCUUAUACUGACUAUCCCUACAGAUAUGCAACUAAUGGUAACAUUUAUACAACUGACGUGUAUGGACUAACUUCCGUACUACGAUCUGGAUAUGCUAGAGGUUAUUCGUACCAAACCUACAAAGCAAACCCAUCCGCUGGUCAGUCGCACAGAUCUGCCAGUACUAAUGAUGUUUAUGUAACCGACCAAUAUGGAAGGACUACACUACAAUCUGGAAGAAGUGCAGUUCAAUCUGGAGACAGCAAUAGAGGCUAUAGAUAUCAAUCCUACUACACAAACCCUUCCGUUGGCCAGUCCUACAGAUCUGCCAGUAAUAAUGACGUUUAUGUAACCGAUCAAUAUGGCAGAACUACACUAUCAUCUGGAAGACCUGGUUAUUCGUAUCAAUCCUACUACGGAAACCGUUACGCUGACCAUGCCUACCGAUCUGCCAGUAAUAAUGACGUUUAUAUAACCGACCAAUAUGGAAGAACUACACUACAAUCUGGAAGAACUGCAGUACAAUCUGAAAAUAGUAAUAGAGGUUAUUCCGAGCAAUCCUACUACAGAAACCCUUAUGCUGACCAUGUCUACAGAUCUGCCAGUAACAAUGGCGUUUAUGUAACCGACCAAUAUGGAAGAACUACACUACAAUCUGAAAGAACUGCAGUACAAUCUGCAGACAGUAAUAGAGGUUAUUCGAAGCAAUCCUACUAUAGAAACCCUUAUGCUGACCAUCUCUACAGAUCGGCCAGUAACAAUGGCGUUUAUGUAACCGACCAAUAUGGAAGAACUACACUACAACCUGAAAGAACUGCAGUACAAUCUGGAGACAGCAAUAGAGUUUAUUCGUACCAAUCCGACUACAGAAACCCUUAUGCUGACCAUGCCUACAGAUCUGCAAGUAACAAUGGCGUUUAUGUAACCGACCAAUAUGGAAGAACUACACUACAAUCUGGAAGCACAUCAGUACAAUCUGGAGACAGUAAUAGAGUUUAUUCGCACCAAUCCGACUACAGAAACCCUUAUGCUGACCAUGCCUACAGACCUGCAAGUAACAAUGGCGUUUAUGUAACCGACCAAUAUGGAAGAACUAUACAAUCAUCUGGAAGCACAUCAGUACAAACUGGAGACAGUAAUAGAGGCUAUUCUUACCAAACUUAUUACAGAAACCCUCACGCUGACAAUUCCUACAGAUCGGCCAGUAACAAUGGCGUUUAUGUAACCGACCAAUAUGGAAGAGCCAUACAAUCAUCUGGAAGAAAUUCAGUACAAUCUGGAGACAGUAAUACAGGCUCUUGGUACCAAACUGACUACAGAAACCCUCACGCUGUCCAUUCCUACAGAUCGGCCAGUAACAAUGGCGUUUAUGUAACCGACCAAUAUGGAAGAGCUACAGAAUCAUCUGGAAGAAAUUCAUUACAAUCUGCAGACAGCUAUAGAGGUGAUUGGUACCAGACCUACUACGGAAACUCUUACGCUGACCAUCCAUACAGCUCUGCCACUAAUGCAGUAACGACACUACGAUCUGGAGACAGUUAUAAAGGACAGUGUGAGGAUACUCAAUGUCCUGAUAGUCAAGCUUGUAUUGAGAACAAGUGUCAAAAUGUUUGUCCCAACAAGUGUGGUGUGAACGCUGAUUGUUAUGUCCGAGGACAUCGUCCCGUCUGCACGUGUCCUACAGGAUAUCAUGGUGACCCUCAAAUUCACUGUUAUAGAGUUUAACUUAGAUUAUCCAAGACCGUCGGAGACAGUAGGAAGAUCCUACUUUAGAAGAUAGCGAUAACGAAGAUAAUAGGUUUUUUACUAAAAAGUAGGUACUUUGUAAACAACGAAUUUUUUUAUUGCAUAUAAAAAAUUUUAAAGUUAAUAAAAUAUUUUGUUAUUAA